AUGGCAGUAACGCCGGCAAUGUCGAAACGCCGAGUCAGGCACUCGCUCCCGGCGGUCCUGAUGCGAGCCGGGACGUCAAAGGGGCUCUUCAUCCACCGCUCACAUCUGCCGCCCUCAUUAGAUGACUGGGCCACGCCCCUGCUUGCAGCCAUGGGUUCCAAGAACAACGAUGCUCGCCAGAUCGACGGCGUAGGCGGCGGGACCAGCGUCACCUCCAAAGUCGCAGUCGUCGCUCCAUCGGACAGACCAGGCGUCGACGUCGAGUACACCUUCGUCCAAGUUGCCGUGGGCAGCGAGACUGUUGACCUCAGCGGUAACUGCGGAAACAUCUGCUCCGGAGUCGGGCCGUUUGCAGUUCAAGAGAGAUUGGUCGCACCGUUGCCAGGCGCUAGGUCAGUGGAUGUGAGAAUCUUCAACACCAACACCUCGAAAAUCAUUGUGGAAACGGUCUACGUUGAUGAGGACGGCAACGUAGAAGAGGAUGGCGACUGUCUCAUUCCAGGAGUCAAGGGUCCUGGAAGCGAGAUCAAGGUUGCUUUUAUCGAGCCAGUAGGAAGCAUGACCGGGAAGCUCUUCCCCAGUGGGCGUCGUGCUGAGAGUAUCCUUGUCGAGGAGGUUCCUACACUUGGGCCGUUUGUAGUUGAAGCAACGUUGAUAGACUCCGCGAACCCGUUCGUAUUGGUCGACUCUCAGACUCUCCCAGCCCAACUCACCAUCGAGCCGCCAGACUCACCCCUGUCUUUGGAGGUUGCGGAGGCAAUCAGAAGACAAGGCGCCGUUCUCAUGGGUCUUGCUGAUAAUCUCGAGCGAGCCAGCCAAGUCAGGGGGACGCCGAAACUCGCCUACCUCUCACCGCCGACCUCGGGCAGCUUAUUCAAGCAGACGGCAGAUAUACGAGUCCAGGCGUACAGCAUGGGAAAACCACACCCGAGUCUACAGCUUACAGGAGGAGUCACUUUGGCGAGUGCCAUGAUUAUGGAAGGAACCAUUGCGCAUCGCAUCGCAGACCACAAGACCACGGUGAUCACAGAAGGAAUUCCCACGCCCAGGAGGACACCGAGUCCAUCAGACAUGAUUGCCGGAGUCGUGACAAAGGGGCUUACGGACGACAUUUUAUCUCAGAUUUACGGCGCAGGUCGGACUUUGCGCAUCGAGCACGGCAGUGGUAUAAUGGAGGUAGAGGCUCACACACGCCAGGAUGCCGACGGCAUCACUGUUGAUAGAUGCGUUGUGACGAGAACGGCACGGAGGCUAUUUGAAGGCAACGUGUUGUAUUACUCUUGA